AUGACUUCAAAAGCUGAAGGGAUAAGUGGUUCGGUCAAGCCUACCCAAAACAAUAAACCGCUUAGUUUCUCCAUUAACCGCAUUCUUCAUGGAGGAGAUGACAAUGCACCACUAGCAGACGACAGGUCAACUUCGCCAUUGACCAACACAGAGUCGACUGCCCGACCUGCAGCGCAUGGGUUGUGCGAGUCAGAAGAAUAUUCCAGAGUUCCCCACCUGCACGCGACCACAGUGCACCAUUACGCACCAUGCACGGAGGCAGACGAAUGUUCACAUUUCGAGAGCAUAGAGCGUCCCCGUGCUUGCAGUACACCAGAGAAUGAGUUUCCCUCACCGACCGCCACUUCAAACAUUCACGCGCUCCACAGGCCACUUCCGGGCGCGCUUAGGUCCGCCCUCCACAGCCCGUACAUGAUCCCCGGUCGACAUCCGCUUACCAGCCACGACGCGUUCGUACAUCCGGCAGUACACUGGGGCCACAGAACAGUUCCAUGUGUCCAGCAAACAGCUAAUUGUGUAAGGACAAGUGGUAGUGAAAAUACUGAAAACACGGCUAAAAUCGUAAAACACAUCGAGACUAAUGGUGGAUUUCAUUCCAAUCGGAGCACACCGGAACCGGAAGUUCAUUAUGGUGCGUCUAUUCACAGUGAUAGAAGCUUAGACUCUAUGGGUGAAAGUUACCACCAGUCUCCGAGUCCUUUCAAAACAAAGAAGAAGAAAACAAGAACUGUGUUUUCCAGAAAUCAGGUGUACAAGCUUGAGGCAGCGUUUGACUUGAAACGCUACUUGUCAAGCGCGGAGAGGUCGGGACUAGCUGCUUCUCUUAACUUGUCCGAAACCCAGAUUAAGAUCUGGUUUCAGAACAAAAGAAAUAAGUGGAAACGACAGAUCAACGGGGAAAUGGACGAAAUCCCACUUCCUCCUGCUUUUGCGGCAUCCUAUUUGCAGACAUCUUUUCCCCAAUCCCCAUUGACAAGUUACGGUCACAUGACAGAAGCACGUUACGAUCUUUUGCACAGUAGCUUCACUGUUCCGGCUUACUACUCACAUCAAUAUGCCACGGAAAAAGUAGCUCCGAAAUAUUUGUAUUGA